AUGCGAAGUAAAACUGGAACACACCAUUAUUUAUAAUUUGGGGCAGUACAAAAAGGAUAUGCGUCACCACCACGUCCUUAUCCACUACCUUCAGGAUAUGCUGCACCACCUCCUCCUCCUCCUCCUCCUCCUCCUCCUCCUUACGUGGCACCAUCACCUCCUGUUUAUGCACCACCACCACCAGCACCUCCUGUUUAUGCCCCACCACCACCCCCACCACCACCUCCGGUUUAUGCAGCACCACCACCACCUCCACCACCACCUCCGGUUUAUGCAGCACCACCUCAACCACAACCAGCAUCUUAUGCAUUACCUCAGCAAUCUCCUAUAGCGGUAGCACCAGCACAGCAAGCAUUUGCUCAGGUACCAUCUUAUGGUAGUGGAAUCCAAGCAGUGCCAUCUGGAAGUAGGUCUAGUCUUGGAGGUUACCAACCUGGUGCGCCACCAAUACCACCACCGGCACCACCACCAGCACCGCCACCACUACCACCACCAGUACCACAACCAGUGCAGGAUACACCAUUAUCAGCAUACCAAGGCCAAGAAGCACAAUUACCUGCAGAGCCUUCACCUUCAUCAUCAUACCAAGAUCAUGGAAUGCAAGAACCAGCUUCUGGUCCUGUUUCAUCUUAUGGUGACCAAAGUUCCGGUGGAUCAUAUCAGGAAGGUGGUAUAUCUGGAGAUGGCAGGAAAAACUUCCAUGAUCGAAUAAAAAUUUUCAAAGUUCUAAAACAACGAUCAGUACAUUAA